AUGGCGUCUGUGGCUUAUUAUGAGCUCUACCGUGGGAGCAGCCUCGGUCUGUCUCUAACCGAUACUCUAGACGAUCUGAUCAACGAGGGCCGCAUCGAGCCCCAGCUAGCUAUGAAGAUCCUCUCCACCUUUGACCGUGUGGUCACUGAAGUCCUGGCCGACAAAGGUCAUCUGGAUACCUACCGAUUCUGCGACGAAGUCUGGACGUUCCUGAUCAAGGAUGUCACAUUCAAGCUGGAUAACCAGACCUCGGUGUCGGCGGACAGGGUCAAGAUCGUCAGCUGCAACAGCAAGCGUCCCGGCGAGGCAUAA